CCUUACUCAUUUGACCUCCAACAAAGCAUCAAAUGAUUUUCAAUGCUUUUAAAUUUUUGAUAUGUCUUUAAGGACAUCAAUAUCUAACUCCGAGAGUUGGAAUUACAUCAUUCCAAUAUCUGGUUGUUAAGAUAUGGAUGUUCAAAGAUACCUCAAAAAUCUAGAGAUCAUCUACGCCAAUGAGGCUAUCUUGCAAGGGCCAACUCAACGGUGCUACAAGUGUUGUGGCUAUGGUCAUAUCUACUGGAUAUGCCCAAAUGAACAUGCUGUACCGUAUGAAGAAUGGGCCAAGAUUAAUGAAGAAGCUUCAUGUGCAAAAGUUUUGAUUGAAGAAACAAUUUGUGAAGAGGAAAAGAAAAGCUUCAACGACCAGCUUGUCAUUGUUGAAGACGUCUCUGAUUUUCAAGUCAAAGAUGAAAAUGACGUCUUCGUUAAAGAACCAGAUUCCGAGGUUGUGGUGGAGGAAACUACACUGGAUGUUAUAUAUUCUAAGGAAUUAAAUUCCAUAGAGUAUUAUCAUCCAAUUGGUGAAGAAGAAUCUUAUUUCAUCUUUGAAGGAUAUGUGAAGCAGGUCCAGAUUUGGUGCAGCAUCGCCCUCCUCACGGUACACGAUCCGGGAAAACUUGGUGUCCUUGAUGUAGCAAGUCUUCUUGACCGGCACCUAAGUGUCCCGAGCAAGGUCUAUUUUGCAAUGAGCAAGGAUAUGCAUGAUGGGGAUGGCAAAACGGAGAUGGGAAAAACGAGUGCCAUCACUAAGUGCAACGAUAAAGAAGUGAACCCAAUCAAAUUUGACAUUGUUCAACAGGACGUGAAACAAAUGAAUAUCGUCCUUGUUGACAACGCCAUGGUUCGAAUCACGGGGCAACAAAACAUAGGAGAAGAUGUAUUGUGGACGUGUUGAAUCAAAGUAAGAUUAAUGACCCUCGGGUUGCAAGAAAUUUCUAAACUUGAGGUCACGAUGAUCUAACCCGAAUUGUCACCAAAUUGCCUCAUCUUGGAAUGUUUCAUUUAAGUUUUCGGUAAUUUCACCUCGAUGAAGGCCAAACAGAGAAGUCAAACCGGCACCGUCAAUGAAAACGGUUUUGCCGU